CUCUGUCUGCUGCUAUUUUAUUCAACUUUGCUCAUUGCUGCUUCAGUUUCAGAAUUGGAGGGAGAGACGUAGAGAAGAGCAAAAGAGAAGCUUCUCAAUGGCUAUGGCGGUACAAUGCGACUCUUCGUCUUCACUAUUGUUAACUGAAUCCUCUCAGAAACCCUUUUCAUCUUCUCUGAAGAAAUCCCCAUUUCUCGGAUUCUCACCUGCCGCUACAUCCAAGCCAUUAAUUUCCGUUCUUAGAUCCCAUCGAACUACCAAACUUUCCUGUCAAAAUAAAACCGUCUCGGUCCCCGUCGACCAGCGUUGGAUGUUUGAAGACACGGGAUUCAAUGGCCCGGACGUUUGGAAUAAAACAUGGUAUCCGAAAGCUGCAGAUCAUGUUAAUACUGACAAACCGUGGUAUGUGGUAGAUGCAUCUGACAAGAUUCUUGGGAGAUUGGCAUCAACUAUUGCUAUCUAUAUUAGAGGGAAAAAUCUAGCUACCUUCACUCCUAGUGUUGACAUGGGGGCCUUUGUGAUAGUGGUCAACGCCGAGAAAGUUGCUGUGUCCGGGAAGAAGAGAACUCAAAAACUCUAUAGGAGGCACUCGGGGAGACCGGGUGGGAUGAAAGUUGAAACAUUUGAUCAGCUUCAGAAAAGAAUACCUGAAAGAAUUGUUGAGCAUGCUGUCCGUGGAAUGCUUCCGAAAGGAAGGCUUGGCCGAGCAUUAUUCAACCAUCUUAAGGUGUAUACCGGUCCAAACCAUCCUCACGAGGCGCAAAAACCUGCAGAAUUGCCGAUAAGGGACAAGAGGAUAAUGAAGCAAAACUAGUUAAUUUCAUCGUUGUCACCAAUAUCAUUUUUAUAUAUUUUUUUUUCCUUCCCGUUGUUCCUUUCGUUUGCUCCAAGGCCUUUGAUUGUAAUCGGAAUUGUUUCAGUGAGCUCCUUUAUGAAAUUCAUUUGUGUAGCCAACGAAGGUUACAUGUUGAAGGGUUCAUUAGUUUAAGAGAGAGAUGGAUUCUA